CAGCGGCGCCGCAGCUGUCCUCCUCUCUCUCUUCUCUCUCUCCAUUUCUUUCCUUCCAGGCUGCAUCGUUUAGGAGCGCACGCGACGCAGGAGCUCGAGGAAACGCGUCGCCCCCUGCGCCCCCCCUCAGAUUCCUCACAUUCCCUCCUGAUUGUUGGAUUAUCGGAGGCAGAGAGAGGGGCUGCGCUCGUCCGAUCCUGUCCGAGUCGGCCGGCUGCGAUUUCUUCUCCCGGAGCAAAGAGCGCCUUCUUCCUUUCUUUUUUCUUUCUUUUUUGUUCUUUUUCUCCCCCACCAAAAGAGUUGCAGUGUGUUGAGAGAGAAAUGCUUUUGAGCCACUGAAUCUAACGGAUACUGGACUUACAACUCAAGCAGGUUGAUGAAGAGGAAAAAAUCUGCAUCGUAGCAGCUAUUAAAUUCUUUUAUUCAGCGGAGAGCAUUCCAUUCAGAAGCAAUUGGAUGAGAGACUCAUUAGCCCUCGGCAACUAAAGAUGAUGUUACCAUGGAAACAAAUUGUUCUGCUAUCAAUCACCGGAUGCCUUGCAGCCUGUACAGAGGAUGUCAUAUUUCAAGGGCCAAGAUGGACGACGGAGCCUGGUGACCUCAUUUUGCCGAUCAACACCCCGGACCACCAGGCGACUAUUGCCUGUGAGGCGGAAGGGAGCCCCCGGCCUCAGUACAGAUGGUCACUAAACGGAACGCUCAUUGAUCUGGGGAGCGACUACCGGCGUCACAUGUCUGGAGGCAGCCUGAUCAUUAGGAACCUGGACAAAGACCAAGACAGCGGGAUGUACCAGUGCACGGCUUUCAACACGCUGGGCUCCAUCCUGAGCCGCAGAGCCAGCAUCCAGUUCGCAUAUCUUGACAGCUUCAAAACGCAGUCAGUGAGGAGUGCAGUGAACGUCCGUGAGGGCCAAGGAGUGGUUCUUUUAUGUGGAGCUCCCCCACAUUCUGGAGAGCUGACAUUUGCAUGGAUCUUCAAUGAAUACCCGUACUCCGUCCAGCAAGACAGCCGAAGAUUCAUCUCCCAAGAGACCGGAAGCCUGUAUAUAGCCAAAGUGGAGCCCUCUGAUGUGGGCAACUACACUUGUGUGGUGAACAACACAGUCACAAAGCAGAAAGUUCUCAGCUCCCCAACACCACUAGUCCUCAGGAGUGACGGUGUAAUGGGUGAGUAUGAGCCCAAAAUAGAAGUUCAUUUUCCAGAUUCGGUUCCAGCUGCAAAAGAAUCUGUGGUCAAACUGGAAUGUUUUGCUCUGGGAAACCCUGUCCCAGAAAUAAGCUGGAGGAGAACAAGCGGUGUCCCUUUCCCCAGCAAAGUCAAAAUGAAGAAUUCGAAUGCCGUCCUUGAAAUCCCUAAUUUUCAGCAGGAAGAUGCAGGGAUGUAUGAGUGUAUCGCAGAGAACCGGAGAGGCAAAAACGCUGCUCGAGGUCGGAUUUCUUACCAUGCUAAACCUCAGUGGCUCCAGACAAUAACAGAUACGGCUCGGUCCAUCGAGGAGAACCUCUUCUGGGAGUGUAAGGCCAAUGGAAAGCCAAAACCAUCCUACAGCUGGCUGAAGAAUGGCGAGCAAGUGGUGGCUGAGGCCCGGGUACAAAUUGAAAACGGAGCCCUCUCCAUAACCGCGUUAAACCUAUCAGAUUCCGGGAUGUAUCAGUGUGUGGCCGAAAACAAACAUGGCAGUAUUUAUUCCAGUGCCCAGCUAAUGGUGUUAGCUUCAGCUCCCAGUUUCUCCAGAAGUCCAUUAAAGGCCUUGCUAAAAGCUCGCUCAGGCAGCGAAGUCACUCUGGAAUGCAAGCCUCAGGCCUCGCCCCCAGCAAUUAGCUUGUGGAAGAAGGGAAACGAGAUUCUGCAGAGAACCGAAAGGAUCACUCUGCUGCCAAAUGGAACUUUAAAAAUUGCUAAUGUAACCAAACGGGAUGCAGCUAUCUACACGUGCAUCGCCAAAAACCAGUUUGGAACAGCAAGCGCAACUGGGAAGCUCCUCAUCACCGAGCCCACCAGAAUCACCAUGAGGCCCACUAACAUGGAGAUUAUUGUUGGCGAGAGCAUCGUGCUGCCCUGCCAGAUCGCUUCUGAUCCAGCUCUGGACGUCUCCUUCUCGUGGGCGUUCAAUGGCCAGCUCAUCGACUUCCAGAGAGACGGUGACCACUUCGAAAGAGUGGGUGGGACUGUAUCAGGGGAUCUGAUGAUCCGCAACAUCCAGCUGAGCCACGGAGGGAAGUACGUGUGCGUCGUCGACACGGACGUGGAGAGCCUGUCCACCUCUGCCAUCCUGGUUGUCAAAGGUCCUCCAGGCCCUCCGGACAAAGUCUCAGUGGAGGAAAUCACAGACAGCACAGCCCAGCUGUCCUGGACGCCUGGAAGAGACAACGGCAGCCCCAUAACGGGCUACAUCGUUCAGGCUCGCACACCGUUCACUGUGGGCUGGCAGGCCAUAGACACAGUCCCGGAGGUUGUCAAUGGCAACAUGCUAACUGCCACUGUGGUCGGUCUGAAUGCCUGGGUGGAGUACGAGUUCAGGGUGGUGGCCCGGAAUGUUGUGGGCCUCGGAGAGCCGAGUCCAGCUUCGGCCAAGACCAGAACAGAAGAUGCUAUUCCUGAUACAGCUCCCACUGAUGUUGGAGGUGGCGGCGGCACAAAGUCUGAAUUAGUGAUAACAUGGGAGCCUCUGCCUGAGGAACUGCAGAAUGGCGACGGCUUUGGCUACGUUGUGGCCUUCAGGUCAGCUGGUGCGGUCACGUGGACGCGGGCAGUGGUCUCUGCGCCCGCCGUGUCUCGCUAUGUGCUUCGCAACGACACCAUCCCGCCCUUCUCGCCGUUCGACAUCAAGGUGGCAGCCUACAACAACCGAGGGGAAGGGCCGUUCAGCUCCAUAGCCACGGUGUACUCGGCAGAAGACGUCCCCAGUGUGGCUCCUAAGAGGAUGAGGGCCCGGAGUUUGUCAGCGGCAGAGAUUGAAGUGAUCUGGGAAACUCUCCCUUCCCUCCCAGAAAGAAUUCUUGGAUAUGAGGUGAUGUACUGGGAAGACGACACCAAGCCUGACACUGUUGGCAAAGUGCGGAUAACAGGGAACUACACACAGGUUAACAUCACUGGGCUGAAAGCCAACACGGUGUACUACCUCUCUGUGGCUGCCUUCAACACGGCCGGGCCCGGGCCGCAGUCGCCGCCCAUUAACAACACCACCAGGAAACCACCACCAGACAGGGCUCCACUCAACAUACAAUGGAGCAUGAUUGGCUCCUCGCUAACGCUGCACUGGGACCCCGUAGUUGCCACGGAGACCGAGUCAAAGGUGACCGGAUAUCUGGUGAUACUGAAGAGACACCGAUACAACGACAUCCACACCACCUUCACCAACAGAACCUCGGCCGAGCUCAGCCUCUCGGCCGGCGACAACUAUCUCAUCCAGAUCAAGGUUCUGAGCGAAGGCGGCGAAGGCGUGGGCAGUGAACCCAUACACAUCCACAAAUUAAGCAUGGGAGCUCGGGGUUCUGGAGCCAGCGGUCUCAGACGGUUGUCUUGCUCCUUCGUCCUUAUUGGUGCAUUCUUAUGCUCCGUCUGGUGAUGUCACGCCUCCGCCUGUCUUCUGUCAUCCCUUCAUUCAGCUUAAACCCCCUAAGAUGGAUAAAGAUCCAGGUUUCAGAAGGGCGAAACGAACCAGACCACACUGAACUUUGUUUAAAUAGCCAUCCAAAAAGACAAGUGACAAAUCACUUGCAUGAUUUUUUUUUUCUUGCUUGCAACUUCUUCCUUUGACAAAAAAGUGCCACCGUCCUCGAGAUUUAAUUUUAGAAGUUGCUUCUGUGCCCCGAAUUGACCUUGGUUCAUAAUUUUAGAGAUGGAAUUGCCUUAAAAUCCACUUUGAUGAAAUGGUCCAUACCAAAGUAGGUAACAGUGGCUGCUUCAACGUUAAACAAACAUGUUUGCAAAAAAAUAAUACAUUUCUCAUCACAAUGUAGUUUACAUAUUAAUCAAUGGCUGCGCCCAUAAUUGACCUUGUCAGGUUACCCUAAGAGCAUUCAUUCAGAGCAUGUUCACCAAACUGAUGGUAAUACCUUGGAAAAAUAUUCACACCCUUUGAACUUUUUCUAAUUUUGUCAGAAAAUCAACAUCAGUAUAUUUUUAUUAAUAUCUUAUUUGACAGACUAAACAAGUGGAGCACAUAAAAUGGAAGGAACUGCUUUCAAAAACUUACUAGCGAUGCACUGAUAUGAUAAUUUGGGUCGAUAUCUGAUAUUAAUAUUGCUCGUGGCAGUCGAGGAUAUUGCUGGCAAACUGUUAAUAAACCCUUGCUAGCUAACUAGAUGCUUUUUUUCUAUUGUUGGCAAUUGAUGGUCAGUUGGGCUGGAUGACAUUCAUCUUUGCCUUCUUCUCACUUGUGUUGGAACCCAUUCAACGUUACGUGACAUUGGGCAAAAAAGCUCGGCUCUACUACAUUUAACAUAAAAUAUGUAAUUUUCUUCUGUACAUUGUCAUGAUGCAAGUCUUAAAUUGCAUUCAUACUGGUCUUAAAAAGUCUUAUAUUUGUUCCACUCCCCAGUUAUGUGCUACUUUGUGUUGGCCUAUUUCAGAAAAUGCGAACAAAAUACAAUGUAUUUAUGUGACUUUUUUUUUUAAAUAAGAAAUAAAAAACGUCAAGGGGUUUGGAUACUAUUGCAAGGUGCUGAAGUCAUAUCCAUUGCAGCUAUGGAAAGCUUUCCCAGGCUUUGUCAAAUAUACGAAUGCUGCAUAAUUGAUCAGCUGUGCCUGAAACCCACUUAUCUCUGACAACUGAAAUAUUAUUAAAUCUGUUAGAGUCACAGGCUCGUGAGCUUUAGAGCCCUUCCACAACACUCUGAUAGAUCUUGGCAUUUUGCUCUCCAUCUCAUGCUCCUCUAAAUAAUUAAUGUCUAUCACACUCUGCAUUCUAAGUCCAGUGGGGAAAAAAAAAAGAAGAGCAGACGUGUGGUGUAGCUACAUCGAGCCGAUCUCUCGUGUACUGUUCCAUCUCUACAGUGAGAUGGCCGGCGUUCUAAGAUGAGCACCUGCCACUGCGCACAAUGGACCGCCAGAUAACAGUGCCUUCACUAAAGCUUCACCCCAGCGUUUUUCUUUCUUUCUUCUCCCCUUUAGAUAGAGUACAGAAGGAUUCAUGUUGCGACAGGGGAAUUGUUUGCUUUUCUGAAGAGUAUCGCCAACAAAAGACAGGAAGCUCGGAAUGUAAGAAGCAGGCCCUCAACAGAAAUGGCUGAUUAAAUUUUCAUCAGGGCAGGGAGCAUCUUUGAUGAAAAAAAGGUUGGCUGAUUCACAAAAGCUUCAAUAGAUUUCAAUUUUCGUUCAUAGUGUUUACGACCUGGAGUAUAAUAAACGUACAACUCCAUCCGUAUCAUGAUUUAGGAGCUAUUAAUGUAUGGGGUAAUGACAGGGUUUUGAGUGUAAGCGGUGCGCAAGGUGUGGCUGUCUAAAAUCACAGCCAGCCUCACAUUUUACCUCCAUUUGUUGGACUCACUUAACUGAAGAGUUAACACGGGAACAUUAGCGCUCUGCUGAGGAAGCUCCCGUUUUCCUGCCUGUCGUCAUCCGAACUGGAACCGAGGUUUGAUUGGUUUGGUCCGGGCAACGUCAGCCUGGAAGGAUGGACGGUUGGACUUUGAAAAUUUAAUUAUUGUGCCUUUGCCAAAUGUUGGGGUUAUGUACAGUUCUAAGCUUACAGCCUUUUUUUUGUUUUUGUCUGGAUUUUGAACUUUCUAACCCUCCCAAAAAACCUCAAACAGUCAAACAGAAGCACAAGGACUUGUCAGCGACUGGCAUCUAAGCAAGUGUUGUGGGACACCAGAGGAAUCAUAAAGCUCCGAACAGCCGACGUGAUCAGGCUGGAUUCAUAAAACUCUGCGCUCGUUGAUUAGACUCCUGCAGACCAGUCAAUGGGUUAUUGAUUUUCCUGGCCCAUUAUUGCUGCUGUCACAAUUCGGCCGUUUGACUGACUGAUGGCCGAGCCCUUAUGCACCUGUUCUAUUGUGUUACAGUCUGUAAUGUUUUAAAUGUUUUCCACCAUUUCCACUUUCUCUUUCCUUUUUGACGACUUUGAAGUCAUUUUUAUUCUUUUAUUGUUUUUGCAUUGAACAGAAAAAAUCCCAUUCCAGGUUAUUUUCUCAAUUUUUUUUGGAAACUUCUUUUCUUUCCAUUUAGAGACAUAUUUUCAAUGUUGUGGUGAAUCGUGAAUUGGAGCAUUGACCUGAAAUCAACUAUCUAGUUGGCUCUUUUGAGUUACAUGUUAUAACAAACCCAACAGUAGCUGCUUUUCCAUUACAAAUGGGCGCAGAAUUUUGAGCUUUAGACGCCUUCCACAACACUCUGAUAGAGGGUUGUGUCAGUUUUUGAUACUAUUGUAGAAAAAACACAAUUUCACAAUUGCAGUGUUUCCAUUAAAUAAAAUCUCAUAGCAAUCACACAUGAAUAAAUUUG